AUGCCACCACUCCUACUCCUGCUGACCUUUCUUCUGCCCCCUGAGGCUGGGACAGAGGAGAUCAUCGGGGGUCACGAGGCCAAGCCCCACUCCCGCCCCUACAUGGCAUUGGUCCUGUUUACCUCUGGCGAGAAGAGGAGCUGUGGUGGUGUCCUGGUGCAAGAGGGAUUUGUGCUGACUGCUGCUCACUGCGAGGGAAGCUCAAUGACUGUCAUCCUGGGGGCCCACAACAUCAAGGAACUUGAGAAGACCCAGCAGGUCAUCCGUGUGAGAAAAGCCAUCCCACACCCAGACUAUGACCCUGACACCUUAUCCCAGGACAUCAUGCUGCUGCAGCUGGAGAUAGAGGCCAAGCUGACUAGAGCUGUGCAGCCCCUCAGACUGCUUGGGAACGUGACCCAGGUGAACCCCGGUGACAAAUGCCUUGUGGCAGGCUGGGGGCAGAUGUCCCCAUCAGGCACUUCAGCAAGUAAACUGCAGGAGGUGGUGUUGACAGUGCAGAAUGAACUAAAAUGCAAAUCAGCCUUCCGUGUUUAUUCUGCUAUCACUGAGAUUUGUGUGGGGGACCCAAGGAACACAAAAUCCUGUUUCAAGGGGGAUUCUGGGAGUCCCCUCGUGUGUAACAACGUGGUCCAAGGCAUUUUCUCUAGUGGAAAAGACGAUGGAGUACCCCCAGGAGUCUUCGCAAAAGUCUCCUAUUUCCUGCCCUGGAUAAAGAGAACUAUGAACAGACUUGCAGGCAAGAUGCAGCCACUCCUGCUCCUGUUGGGAUUCAUCCUACUCCCCGGGGCCCAGGCAGGGAAGAUCAUUGGAGGACGAGAGGCCAGGCCCCACUCCCACCCCUACAUGGCAUUUCUUCAGAUUCAGACACCAAGAGGUCGGAGCAGUUGCGGAGGUUUCUUGGUGAGAGAAGACUUUGUGAUGACAGCAGCUCAUUGCUGGGGAAGGGUUAUAAAUGUCACACUGGGGGCCCACAAUAUCCAGAGGCUAGAAAGGACCCAGCAGAGGGUCUCUGUGCGCAGAGCCAUCCCUCACCCUGGAUAUGACCAGCAAACCAUCCUGAAUGAUAUCAUGUUACUGCAGCUGAGGAACAGAGUCAGGCGGAAUCGAGUUGUGAGGCCAGUGGCCCUGCCUAAUGCUGGGGAGAAGCUGAGGACUGGGGCCUUGUGCACGGUGGCUGGCUGGGGCCGGGUCAGCCUGGACAGGAGGACAGACAGACUGCAGGAAGUGCAGCUGAGUGUGCAGAGUGAUCGGAAGUGCACUAGUCGCUUCAGCGUCUAUAACAGUCAGACUGAAAUUUGUGUUGGGGACCCUAGACAAAGGAAAGUCGCCUUCAAGGGGGACUCUGGGGGCCCCUUGGUGUGUAACAAUAAAGCUCAAGGUAUUGUCUCCUACGGAGAUGGCAAUGGAACUCCUCCGGAAGUCUUCACCAGGAUCUUGAGCUAUAUGUCCUGGAUAAAGAGAACAAUGAGACGCUUCAAAUAGCAGGAUCGGAGAACUCCCUAAGCCCAUGACUGACAGUAAAUUUCUCUAGAACACAGGUCAGCUGCAGGAGAUUUCCAAGCCUUAAUAAAUGUUCCAUCCAGUGUGCAAAUAUUUGUUCAUUAAAUAUCUUUCAGUAC